ACGACUCGGCUCCAAUCAGGUGGCAAUCAUGAGCAAAGUGCACGGGGGGAUGAAAUGCGUGAAAUAUCUGCUGUUCGUGUUCAACUUCAUCUUUUGGUUAUCCGGCUUGUUGGUUCUGGCCGUGGGACUUUGGCUCCGGUUUGAUCCAGAAACGGUGGAGCUGCUGACAGGCAACGAUGCCCCUGACACUUUCUUCAUCGCUGUCUACAUUCUUCUGGGCGCUGGUAGUUUAAUGAUGCUCGUCGGCUUCUUUGGUUGUUUUGGAGCCGUUAGGGAGUCUCAGUGUCUUCUCGCCUCGUUCUUUGCCUGCCUGUUGAUCAUUUUCGCUGCAGAGAUUGCAGCGGGCGUGUUUGGAUUCAUCAACAAAGAGCAGAUUGUGGAGGAAGUGCAGAAAUUCUACAGCAGCUCCAUCGGUGACGCGGCGUCCAAUUCCAACGCAACUGCCGUCGCGCACAUUUACCACAAAACUCUCAACUGCUGUGGGGGUUCGACACCAGCUUCUACAUCUGACCUGUGUGCUGACGCCCCAGAGGAGACCAAGGACUGUCUGAGCGCCAUCACAGAUUUCUUCAACGACAAGCUGCACGUCAUCGCCUACAUCGGGAUCGGCAUUGGAGGAGUAAUGAUUUUAGGGAUGAUCUUCAGCAUGGUGCUGUGUUGUGCCAUCCGGAACGGCAGGGAAGUCAUAUAGUAGUCGAGCCAUAGGAUGGAUCCCUCCUCUCCUCUCCUCUCCUCACCAUACCUCUGCAUAUACUAACACAUGCUGUCUGCCUGUGGCACGCUUCUGUGACGUUUUUGCUGUAAAUAUGAGUGCAUCGUUGCAUGCUCUGUUUUGGAGGACUAGCCUGCCUUUUUGUAAAGCUGACCUUUUGUCGAAUGUACUACAUACUAUACGUGCCUACUGGACAAGCCUUGUGCAGCUAACGUUUUCCUUUAUUACAUGUGAUCUAAAUGU